GUUCUUUGUUGUGGAGGAUCACGUUCUUCACACCACGCACGGUUUGGUCAACAGAGCGUACGUCGAGGAGCUGUGGGAGCUGGCGCUGUCCAAAAUAGUUGCCGCCCUGAGGACACACUCAUCGUACUGUGACGACCCCGACCUUGUGCUGGACCUGAAGAACCUUAUCGUCCUCUUUGCUGAUACACUGCAGGGUUACGGUUUCCCGGUCACACAGCUGUUCGACAUGCUGCUGGAGAUAAGGGAGCAGUACGGCGAAAUCCUGCUCAAGAGGUGGAACAUCGCCUUCAGGCAGGUGUUGGAUCAAGAUAACUUCAGUCCAAUCCCAGUGUCAACAGAGCAAGAGUACAGACACUACACUUCCCAGUUUCCCCUGCAAGACCCUGAACUGGAUAAGCUUCCCUUCCCCAAGAAGCUCCCCUUCUCCGAGUUUGUGCCAAAAGUCUACUGCCAGCUCAAAGAGUUCAUCUAUGCCUGUUUGAAAUACUCUGAAGAUCUGCACCUCAGUUCCACGGAGGUAGACGAUAUGAUCCGCAAGUCGACAAAUCUACUGCUGACCAGAACCCUCAGCAACUGUCUGCACUAUGCCAUUAAGAAGAAGAAUGUCGGGCUGGCAGAGCUGGUGCAGGUGAUCAUUAACACCACCCACCUGGAGCAGAGCUGCCAGUUCCUGGAGGAGUUUAUAUCAAACAUCACCAACGUUCCUCCCGACACGGCCAACGCCACCAAGCUGUACGGGACGUCCACCUUCAAGGACGCUCGUCACGCGGCGGAGGCGGAGAUCUACACCAGCCUCAACGCCAAGAUCGACCAGUUCCUGCAGCUGGCUGAUUACGAGUGGCUGACCGCGGUGCAGGGAGGCGGGACUGUGGCUGCCAGCGACUACCUGAUCGACCUGAUCGCUUUUCUGAAGAGCACCUUCAGCGUCUUCACCAACCUGCCUGGUAAGGUGGCUCAGACGGCGUGCAUGUCGGCCUGUAAACACAUCUCCACCUCGCUGAUGCAGCUGCUGCUCGACCCAGAGCUCCGACAGAUCUCCAUGGGAGCUCUGCACCAGCUCAACGCCGACGUCCAGGAGUGCGAGAUUACUGGAACUGUUCACUCAGUGGGACUGGUCGACGUACCUCGCUGACUACGGCAAAUCCACCUGCAAAUACCUGAGAGUGAACCCACACACUGCACUGGCCCUGCUGGAGAAGAUGAGGGAGACGAGCAGGAAGAACAACGUCUUCGCUCAGUUCAGGAAGACGGACAGAGACCGACAGAGACUCAUCGACACCGUCAUCAAACAGCUACGCAACGUCAUCGCACAGCACCACGCCUGAUCGGGCGGCGGGCUCCACCAUCUGAUCGGCUGAUUGAAUCCAUCACUUAACUGCAUCAACCACUGACGCUUCCGUUCACCUUCACUUCCUGGACUCCACUGGACAACAGGUAUACACACCUGCAGCAAGCUCAUUGGAUGACGAGCUUGUGCUGCGCGAUCCGAUUGGUUUGUCAAAACCACUUUUUUCUGGAAUCAGGAUCAACGUCAUCUUUCAGUUCGUCUGAAGACGACGAGGAAGAAACUGUCCUGACUCCUCGUGGUUUGAUCCGAGCGUCUCCUCACCCACAGACUGAACUGUGUGAGCUCGAGGAGGAAAACGGAGCGCUUCCUUUUGUUAUUAACUUUUCAAAAAAUAGCUUCGCCUGUAGAUUUUGUCUUAUUGUCAACAAAUCGCACAAAAAGACCAAAACCAGCGAUGAGAUACGGUGCUUAAAGUUUCUUACCUCCGGCCUCGUCCUCCCAGGGCGAUGGAGGACACGUGUUAACGGCUCAGUUGCGGUUACACACUCGCGGCUUAUACCUCCCCCCUCCCCCUCACCUGAUGGUUGUUGGUGUAAGUUCUGAGACAAAAAAACAUUUUUGGUUUCGGUCUUUUCGCUGGAUUUGUUGACAUUAUUCAAAAACACAUCAUCUGCCUUAUUCUUAGAAUUGGAACGAUUAUCUGGUGGAAUCUGUUCUUUUUCUUCAUGUGGGGAAAAAACUAUUAAAUCUACUUAAGUUUCUUAAUUUGAAGUAUUAAUCACUAAAACCACAUUCUCUUCUUGUUUGUCUUUAAACUUUAUUAGAAUCUUUCAGUUGCCGGACGCCAUUAAGCCUCGUUGUUACUGAGGAAAUUGUGAGUCCGAUAAUCGCGGAAACUCCCGUUGAUUUGGUUCGUAAGUUACGUGGAGUCACGUGGAAACUGUGCGUGAGAAUCUUUGCGUAGAUUGAAUUUUUGAGUCAGAAGCGUCAAACGAUAACGUUGAUAUUUACCUUCCUCGGUUGCUGACGGCCUUCUGUGUCUUCCAUACUGUAUUUUGAAUGUACACUCGCCUCCAUCUUCAUUUCAGGUUGCGAUGUUUUGAAGCACUGAACUCGAGAUCAGGUCUGGAAGAGAAAAAUAGAGAGAAGCGGUCGUGAGUAAACAAUGUCCCCUUAACCUGCUAAUCAAAGCCGGACGUUGACGCGACGCGGCAACCGUGCUCCCUCCGAAUUCACAACCUGCGAACACUUGAAUGGCCGCUCGGAUGUGGGAACCUCAUUCCCACAUCGUCGUGGUGGGAAUCAAACGGUGAAGGCGCGCGGGGGGGUGUUGUUCCUCCCCUUUUCAGUGGGGGACGUCGCCUGAGCAUUUGUACUCAUGUAUCGACAGCUCGGUCUUAAAGACGGCGAUGACGCCUCGAUUUGACAACUGUUCUAAAGUGACAUGUUUUGUUCGUUUUUAAGUAGAAAGAGACUAUUUUGUGUAAGAACCAUUGUGCGCACACACACACACACACACAGUCAUGUCUUCCAUACGUGUGUGUGUGUUUAGGACGUUAUUAUAUUCACACUAGAUUAUUUUUGGAUUCUUUUCUGCUCUUCUUCUUUUUUUUAACUCGGGUGCAAUAGUAGCAUUGGAAACUGCAGGAUUGUGUAUGUGUGUGUUAAUUGUUGGGCUUUGAAAAGGGAUUCAAACUUAAAAUUCCCUACUGACGUGCACACGCUUUAAUUCUUCCGCUUCCUCCCUGUUCCACAAAGGUGGAUGUUUUGAUCAAUUGCGGUGUGUGUGUGUGUGUGUUCACUGUGAAAUCAACUGUAUGCUGAUGUGUAUUUUUUCUUCCAUCCUCAGCUGUGUCAUUUUUAGGGGUUUGGGUUCGGUCGCACAUACACAAAUGUUUUAGUGGUGAACCUUCGCCUCUCGUCUAAUCUGUGCCACCGAGGAGGAAACAUUUGCUUCCUGCUUUGUCAUUUUUGACCUGAGAUAUUCGUGUUGCAUUCACGUAUGUGUCACCGUGCUGUUAGUAAGGGAACGGGGCAGUUGCUGUUGAAUUUGCCUUUGCUGUGUUCUUUUUUAUUUUCCUGCCAAUUACGCAGCAGCUCUGUGGCGUUUGGGCCCUGGACACAGUUUACUGAACAUCCACUCUACAUGUACAAUAACAAGGGAUUUCUGAGGUAAGAACUCAAAGCUAGAGCUUUCAGCCACGCGUGUGGAUCUGAUCGCUCCAGUUGUUGUACAGAUGUUAAAGUUGCAGAUUUUGGACAAAUUCAAUUCUCAACAUUUAUUAGUAAUACUCCAAUCCUUUGCUUGAGAGCUCUGGGGCAAUAGUGUUAAGACCCAGGCAUUGAAACUGACAACCAUCAGUGUCCAGAGUCCUGACGCAGCAGACGCUACUGCGGCUUUGUUCUGUAUUUUGUACGUGUAAAUCUUUAAUGAGACGGAAGCACUGUAAACAAACCUGUUGCAUUAAACCACUAACACACGGAACUAAAGUAAACAUUUGCAAAAAAAAAAAAUGGCAACAGAAAAAUAUGGAAUAAAUGUUUAACUGUUGAA